UUUGAUUUUACUUCAUUUUAGCAAGGAACCCGAUGCUUCCCAUUUGGUAAACGGCUCCUGGGUGUUGAUCGCAGGUGAUUCGCAAGCUCAAUUGUUCACCCUCUCUCUAUUGAAUUUGCUUCUGGGUUCCGAACCCCAACGCAUGGAUUCUGUUAAAACUGUUUUGUUUAAGAGGCACAGUAAUUACAGCAUUUCAGUUGAUGAAAUCGGUAUGAAAUUGGAUUUUGUUUGGGCACCUUAUGUAUUGAAUUUAACCCAUUUGUUGACGGAUUUCAAGACCAAAAAGAAAUACCCUAAUGUUAUGGUAAUGGGGGUUGGUCUAUGGCAUAUGCUUCAUGUAAGCAACCCAUCAGAUUACGAACUUGUUUUGCAAACGCUAAAAAGUUCCUUGGUUUCUUUGUUUCCAUUUUCAACAGAUAUCGCCAAUGCCUAUGGCAUAGCUGAAGUUGUUAUUAUGCUGGUCAUAACUGCCUUGGUGACACUUGUAAUGCUUCUGAUAUGGCAGACCAAUUUGUUUAUGGCUUUGUGUUUUCCACUCUUAUUCGGGUCGAUAGAGCUGAUCCACUUCUUUGCUGUUCUAUCGAAGGUCAUGGAGGGAGGUUGGCUUCCACUUGUUUUUCUACUUUCUUUCUCACUGUCAUGUACAUUUGGCACUAUGGCAAUGUGUUGAAGUACCAGAGUGAGGUUAGAGAGAAAAUAUUCAUGGAUUUCAUGAUUGAACUUGGCUCCAAGCUUGGGACAGUGAGAGUUCCGGGGACAUUUUAGAAAAUAUCCAUGGAUUUCAUGAUUGAACUUGGCUCCAAGCUUGGGACAGUUGUAAAGGUAGGGUUGGAUAUGGUUGACGGUGAAAAGAAGGCGGCUUUGGAGGCAAAAUGGAUGAAAUUGCAAGUCGCGCAGCUGGAAGCGUAUGCGAGGCGAACUGAAUUUGUUGCUGAGCAAGCAAAGUUGUUGCUGAAAUAUUACAAGUCUGAAGACAAAUAGUGGUUAUUAUGCAUAGAGAGUAACUUAUGGAGUUCUAUCUCUGUUAA